AUGCAUCAGCUUCUCGUCGCGAUUGCCUGGCUGCUCGCCUCGGCCGCGCUCGGGCUAGCAAUCCAUCAGCAGCCAUGGCAGCUGCCGCCCGAGGUAGUGCCGUCCAACUCGCGUGCGAGGGUAUGGUCGCUAUCUACGCUGCAGACACACCAGCGAGCAUUCCCUCCGCGGCCGCGCAACCUCACCGCGGCCAUCGACGAUGACGCCGGCGACCCCCUGCAUGGCUGGCGCGCACGAGCAGCGCCCGCCCACCUGCGCUGGACGCUCACCAAUGCCAACCGCUCCAUCAGCGUCGAUGCCUUGCUGCCGUCGCUCGUGCAUCUCGACCUCCUCCGCGCAGGCAUCAUCCAGGAUCCUGCUGUCGGACUUAACGAGGGACAACAGCGUUGGAUCGCCGAGGAGCCCGCGUGGACAUACACGGCUGAUCUAGCCCCCGUCCUCGACCAGAUCCGCCCGACGCACAAGCCGACCCAGCACCAGUACUGGCUCCACUUUGACGGUCUCGACACCGUCGCCGAUGUGUUCCUGGGCGGAGAGCGUCUUCUGCGCACGCGCAACCAACACACCUGGCACGCCGUGCGCAUCCCCUCGCACCUGCUGGAGCAGCCAUCUGCACAGCACAGGAACCUCACGCUCGUUUUUCACAAUAUCAACACGUAUGCAGCCGAGCAGGCUCGACGCUUCGAUCCGGGCUACCCAAACCAGGUCGAGAGCCCCACGCGCUCGCGCACGUCCGACUAUGCCUAUCCGCACCGCAUCUUUGUGCGCAAGCAGCAGUCCGACUUUGGCUGGGACUGGGGUCCCGCCCUAAUGCCCGUGGGCCCGCACAAGCCGGCAUACCUCGUGGAGCUUUGCGGUCCAGCGUCCGUCGAGGCCGCUAAACUGCAGCAGGAGGUGCACGUUGUGGAUUGGCACGUCGACAUCUACCGCAAGGGGCAGACGAACAAUCUUGUGCCGCCAGAUCCGGAUGCAAACUGGGUGGUCAAUGUGUCGCUUACGCUGCUCACGGCGCGUCGUGUGGAGCGGCCGUCGGUGCGCAUUGCGAUCCCAUCGCUGGGCGUGGCCAUGCCGGACACGCUGCUGUCGCUGCCCGUUAUCGAGGCGGGACUCAACGAGCGGGUGCAUGCGGCGUUUGAGAUGCACAGCAGCGGGGAGGGUGCACCUUUGCUCUGGUGGCCGCGCGGAUACGGCGAGCCGACGCUGUAUACCCUAGAAGUGCAUAGCGACGAGCUGCACAUCCAUCUGCGCCGCCGCGUUGGAUUCCGUACUGCCGCGCUCGACCUCUCGCGCAUCCCGCGCGCACAGGCAUCAUCCGAGCACGUUCAGCCGGGCUCGCACUUUCGCCUGCUCGUCAACGCGCGCGAGGUGUACGUGGUGGGUACGAGCCUCAUCCCGCUCGACACGCUCGGUCCGCGAGCGGCGCCGGGCUACAUGCACUGGCUGCUCGACUCGGCCGCUGCGGCGCACGUCAACCUGCUGCGCAUCUGGGGCGGCGGAAGCUAUCCCUCUCGCGAGCUGCUCGAUGCAUGCGAUCAAAUGGGCAUGCUUGUUUGGCUCGACACCAUGUUCGCCGCAUCCCUUUACCCGGCUCACGAUGCAUUCGUCGCCGAUGUGCGCGCCGAGGUGGCACAGGCCGUGGCUGGCGUUGUCUCGCAUGCGAGCGUCGUCACCGUGGUGGGGAAUAACGAGGGCGAGUUGUACUUUCUCGGUGGCUACGGCCACCGCACGCGCGAUGCAGAAUGGAAACGCGCCUACGAGAUGCUCUUCGACCAUGCCGUGCGGGACGAGGUGCUCGACACCACUCGCGCGCUAUCGUACAUUCCAUGCUCGACGACAACGGGCUAUGUCUCGCUGCAUCCGUACCGUGGACGAUACACGGCCUAUCCGCACAACGAGCUGCACGGUACAGGCGAACACUAUGGAUACGACGCCGCGCGCGCGUGGGACAUCGCCAGCUACCCGCGCGUGCGCUUCAUGGUCGAGUUCGGCAUGUUCUCCCUGCCGUCCAUUCACGCACUCGAUCAGAUCCUGCCCAGCUCGUGCAGCGAUGCGCUCGAGCCCGCGUGUGUAGUUGACUCGGCGGGCAACCUUGACUAUCCCUUGACCGCUGACGAGGAUGUGCAGCAGUUCAAGGCGCAGUCUCCCAUGCUGCGCUCGUGCAAUGAUGUUGCCGAGCUGGCAUGCUCAGUCGAAGGGGCGAGCAACCUCAGCUGCCCCUGUGCCGCCGACGAGGGCGUGCAGCGACUCAAGGUGGGAGUGCAGACUGGGUCCAAGCCGCAGUGUACAGUCGACUCGAUUGUCAUGCACGCACAUCUCAAGCAUCCACCCGCGGGCAACCUUAGCUACCCCUUCGCUGCCGACGAAGGGAUGCAGCAGCUCAAGGCGGGAGUGCAGACGUGGUUCGCCGAUCCGGACCAGUCGGGCAAGAGUGGGCGUGCGUUGUUGCGGCGCUGGACCGAGUCGAGCCAGCUCUACCACGCCCUGUUCGUAGCCAACCAGGUAGCCGAGUACCGCCGCGGGGCUGCACGCGGCGAGCGCAACCGCGGCCUGAUCGUAUGGCAGCUCAACGACGUGUGGACGGGAACGACGUGGUCGAGCGUCGAGUACUCGGGCAGCUGGAAGCUGGCGCACUACACCCUCGCUUGCGCCCAAGCGCCUGUUGCACCCGUGGCGAUCUACAACACCUCGAACAGCCUGCUCGAUAUCGGCGUUGUCUACACUGGUGCCAGCCAUGAGGGUGGGUACUUGGUGGUCGAGUGGUUCGACUUUUACGGCACGCUGCUUGAGGAGCGUCGCUUCGGCGUGCACGUCGAGGAAGACGUCGGGUGGUGGCGCGCUUGGCAGCUGAAUCCCACCCAGCUAUGCAGGGACACUCGCUGCUACGUCCGCCUCGCGCUCGUCCUCACUGGCACCGAGGUGGUGAGUUACUGGACACACAUGCCGUCUCUCGCCGCAUCACUUGCUCGGGUCUCUACGCACGCCCGACCCAUCAUCACACUGCACGCGCACCAUCCCCCGGACGCAGAGCACUGGCACAUCAGAAUCACCAACACGGGCACAGCCACCGCACCCUGGCUCACCCUGACCUCGAAUAUGGCCGGCUACUUUGCCCACCCCACAACGCUCGCCCCCACCAACGCGUUCUUCCUCAACCCCAACGCUGAACUCACGCUCGUCUUUGUCCGCGCCACAUCCGGCACGCAAACGUACAAGGACUGGUUCGAUCAGCUCACCGCCUCGUCACUCUUGGACAAUUUACCCCCGCACACGCCAUAA